CACAUGUCAUUAUUACUUUCCAAACAAACAUUGAAAUGUCAAAUCUCAAGACUUUUUAAUUCCUAUAAAGUUAACAUUUUGCUUCCUCUACUGCUUUUUCUUAUGGAGAAAGUCAAGCAAAGAGGAAAACACCGCAAUCAAGCUGAAAAUGAAAUAAUUCGACGACGGGAGAAAGAAACUCGAUACAAUGAACUUUGGAAUGGUACAGUGAAAUAUUUUGAUCACUGGAACAAGGCUUGCAGCAAAUUCGAAGAAUGGACAUCUCCAAGAUAUUAUAAUGAAAAUAAUAAAUUGUUAUCGGACAUACAGAGCAAGCGACAGAAAGAAGAACAAUUAGAAAAACGAAGAGAAAAGUUAAGGAAAUUAUUUGAUGAAGAACGGAGAUCAUUCGAAAUAGAAAUGAUGGUUCAUAAAAGUAGACAUUUAGUUGACAGACCUAGAAGAGAUAAUUUAAAAGUUACAACUGAUGCUUUAAAAGGUGUUAAUGAAAAUAUAAAAGCACACGAAGAAGAGAAGAGAAGGCGUGAGGCUGAGCUACAAUUAUAUCAUCAAUGGAGAAGAAACAAUCCACUUGUACGACAAUAUGAGGCAAAAUACCGUUGUAAAGAUUUAAAAUUAAGUUGGUUAGACCAACAGAUAGAAAAACAAAUGCAAAAAGAAAAAGAAGAGGAAGAAAAUAAAUUAAUUCUAAAACAACACGAGGAAAAAAUUAAACUUGAGAAAGAAACGGAAGAGUUGCAAAAGAAACAGCUUCAAGAGAAAAAAGAACAGCUUAAAAAUGAUUUAGAAACACAAAUGUCCGAAUUACGACAAAAGCAACUUAUCUGCGAGGAUUUGAAAUAUAAGGAGAGUAUUGAAAUUAAGCAACAACAGUUAUUGGCAGAACUAGAACAAAAAUGUAAAGUAGAAUAUCAACAAAGACGGAAUAAAGAAUGUGCUUUGGUUAAUAUUCGGCAGCAUAAAAGAAAGCUGCUACAGAGAACUCAGGAUAUCCAAGAAAACUUAGAGAGGGACAGACAAUUAAUUUCAAGAUUAUUGGAGCUAGACCUAGAACAGGCUAUUGAAAAUGAAACUAAACGACGGGAGACCCAAGAAAGUAUAAGGGAGUUUUUAGAUAUACUAAAACAGCAACAAAAACUAGAGAUAGUAAGAAAGAAACGAAUGGACUUUUUAUUUGAUUCAGAGGCUAAAGCUAUGUAUGAAAUGCAAGAAGAAUUAUGGAAAAAAGAAGAAUUGAACAGAAAACUAUUAGUAACAGAGGUUAUUGAAUCAUUAAAAAAACAAAUAGCAACUAAUUUGGAUAAAAAUAAGGAAAAUCAAAGAUAUAUUUUGCAAGAACGUGAAGAAAUGACGAAAAAAAUAGAAGAAUACAACGACGAUUUGAAACGUUUAAAAGAAGACGAGGAGAAAAGAAAACAACAAGUAAAGUGUGUUAGAGAAGAAGAAAUUCGCGUAAAACGAGCAAGAGAAACACAGUUGGAACAUGUUAAAAUGAAAGAACUUGAUCAAGAGUUAGAGCUAAUUCGAAAAGAAGAAGAAAGGCUACAAAAAGAAAUUUUGAGAAUUCAGCAAAGACAAGGUCCUAUUAGACCACCUCGAAGUAGAUUAUAUCUUUAAUAAUUUUAUAAGAUUAAUUUUUGUUGCUUAGUUUUAACAUUGUUAGCUGUUGUUGCACUUUUUGAUGCUACUGUUUCACAUAACAGAAAUACACCCAGCGGCAAAUUUAACGGUACCGUAAUAAAUCAAAGAUAUUUCAAAACUAUUUUACUUUAAUAUUUUAAUGGAAUAUUUUAAUGGGUUUAAAACAUUUCAAGAUCUGGAAGAAUCGAGAUUAUUUUGUUAAUAUUAAUAGUUCUUAGGGACUGCCCUCUUGUCCUUAUGAAAUCUGUCUAUCGUUGGUUAAGAUAAAUUUUCUCAUAUUAAAAUUAUGGCUAUUCUCGCAUAUUUCGUGUAAUCUAGACAUACAUUUUGUUUACAAGCUGUCUGCUUAGCAUAUCCCAGGGUUGUUUUAUUGCAUUCAAGUUGGCAAAUACGUAGUCUAGCUAAUCUUAAAACCACGUGAAUGUGACUAUUAUUUUGAAAUAGGGAAAAUGUACUAUAUUUUAUAAGGCAAAAGAUCGCAUGAUCUUGCUGUGCGUGUAUUAUCUAUUUGUUUAUCUUUUAACUAUCACGAAAGCUGAUUUUCAAAAUAUUUACCAAUUCUAACCAAAAUUGGUGACUGUUACUUUGUUACUCUAGUUCGAUGACUAUAAUUAUCAAGGCGUUAUUGACAGCAGAUUUAAAUAAUUAAUGGAUUCAAUUUUCCAUACCAUUGUCUUAAGCCAUACCAUGUUCUUCUGCCAGGAUCAGUUUUAUACUGGAUCUCCAUCGUACUCUGUAUGAUGCAAUACAAACGUUCAUAUUUUUCAUGGUGCCUCAUAAUGUGACCGAUACAUUCCAGCUUGCGUCUUUUUAUUAUAUUGACCAGUUGUGUUGUGGGGUUUAGUCGUCUCCUUUCAUGCGACCUCCUCAAGAUUCUCCUCAUUUCUGAUUCUACCGAUACAGCUUAUGUUUAGUUAUUGUCUGUAUACCAUUGUAGCUCGAAAGUCGAUACUAAGGUCGUGGCUGUAAAGGACGUUUCUCAUUUUUGCAAACAUUACUCUGGCCGUUCUAUUCAGCUUUUAAUUUCUACGCUGGGAUCCGAACUCUGAUUGAUAUUACUACAGAGAUACACUAGUUUCUCCACUUUGUUCAUUGCUGCAUCUCUGACUCUAAUACCGUCAUUCUGUAUGAAAGUUUGUCUGCUAACUAUCGUAUAUUUAGUUUUCUUAACGUUAAGUUUCAAUCCAUACUGUUUAUUUAUAUUUUUAAGUUCCUCACUGCGGUUAGCUAGUACUAAGGUAUUGUUGGGAUGUCUAAUGUUGUUCACGGUUACGCCAUUCACUACAAUACCAUCUGUUAUCUCCGUUAAUGCCUCUUUUCAUAUUUUCUCUGAAUACAAUUUUAAGACGAGUGUACAUUUGUAAUUAAUGGUAAGUCUUUAUCAUACAGUCCAGCUAUUUUCAAUAUUUUUAACAUUUUAUGUCUUCUAUUUAAUUUAUAUCUCUGCUUCUGUGUAUCAGUACCUGAAUACUUCUCAGGACUUCUCUCGUACCCAAGCACUCCGAACUAUGUAUUACCAAUUCUCUCUUCUGAUAUCCUGUAUAUUCUUCUAUGGAUUUCUCGCAGGAAUAUCUUUUAAACGUGACUCAUCAGAAUUAUUGUUCGGUAAUCGCUGCAUCUCGACGUUGUUUCUUUGGUAUUCUGACAAAUGUCGACUUAACCCGCAAUCAUUUUAUAAUAUCCCUAUGUCAUAAAUGCUGAAUGCGACAGUAACGGUAAAAUUCAAUAUAUGUAAAAUUUUGAGUAAUUAAAAUUUCUUCCUGUUUUGUGAUUUAUAUAAAAGUAAAAUUAUGGUUAAAUUAAAGAUUUUCUGUAAUUCAAUGAUUCGAAUAUGUGGUAUUGGUGUUCCCUUUCACAAAAUCAUGUUCUCUUUGUCUAUAAUAACGAUCUUUUUGAUUUUUGAAUAUCUGUUUAAAUUUGGUUUGCUUUUGUAUACUAACAUUUUAUUUGUAACAAAUAAUAACAUACGCAUAUUACUUAAUAAUAAUUUUCUGGAAUAGGAAGAAAUUUCAAAAAAUCGGUUAACUGAGCAGACAUACAUGCUUUCCGUAUAGAAAUACCAUACACCACCCAACAGCUAAUGUUUAUUUAAAGUUUUCCAAUUUCACAAGUGUAUUAGACCUAGAUCUUCCUUAAAUUUGUCGCUGUAGUUACAUUCUUAAAAUUGCACGAUACUUUUAACAUUUUUCACUUGGAGUAGAUGUGGUAUAAUCUCUUCUCUGAAAUCAUAUGUGAUAAUUAUUUAAUAGAAUCUCAUUUUUUAGGUAAUAUUAAAGUAAUUUAUAUGGAAAUAAAUGUAUACGAGUUGCCUUUGAUUAAACAUUUACUGUU